GUUCGAUCACUGAUCACUCCGAAGUCCGAUGCUCGCCGCGAACCCGUCUCGACCAAACGACGCCGCGCCACGGAGACACAGAGACCGCAGUCCGCCAGUCGCCAACGACACGACAGUCAACGAUUCACCCGUCGUCGGAGGAGGGCGAGAACAGCGUUGUAAUAUUCUUUUCGUUCGGUAACUCUCCACUCCUCCCGUCCAUCACGCCAGCGUUUUUCCGCCGCACGUAACGCCGCCGGCGACGUCCAACGGCGCACACAUUUAUCUGGUUACCUUUGGCCGGCACACCAUGGGCAACUCCCAUCUACAACAAUUUCCUAACGAAGGUUUACAAUUAAGAAAUCCGCCUAGCCCAAAACUAGUAGUUUCUGGAAACAUGAGUCAACAAAAAACUACAACUGGUUCUCCGAAGAGCCCUAAGUCCUCUGAUGAUAAUUCCAAAUCUGAAAGUGCUUCAUCAAGCCCUUCCAAAUCUGGACGUUCCCCAUCUUCAACUAAAUCAAGCCCAGGAAGUAAUAAAUCACCUAGCCUUGCUGAACGACUUGCUCAAUCAAAUAAGGCUAAACUUAAUCAAUCAUUGAGGAGCCCCGUGUCUAAAUCACCACCAACAAGUCCCACUGUUUCUGCUUCUCCUAAAACUGAAGUAACCAAAGAAUGUAAUGACAGUAAAUCUGAUGGAACCGAUACAAACAAAGUUAAUGGCUCUGUUGAUUUGAAAAUGGAAAAUACUGAACUUUCUAAUGAGCAACAUUCGGUUAUAGUAGAAAAUGGAACAAGUGAGUCUAAUGAAGAGGUUAAACAAGAUGUAAGUGUGCAGUCUAAUGAGAAAGAAAUAAAAGAUGUUGAUAAUAUGAACGAAGUUAAAGAAAAUGAAACCAAACAAUGUAAUCUGAAUGAUGGCUAUCUUGCAUUAGAUGUAGGCUUAGAAAGUAAACCAGUGCGCAUUGAUGACAGUGUCAUAUUAGAGCAAACAUCCAAGAAAGAUAUUCGUCAAAAAGUUUGGGAAUUUAUGGAAGAAAAUUCUCUAGUUAUAUUUCCAAAACCUUGCUUUAACCGUAUACCAAAUUUCAAAGGAUGUAAUAACGUUUCACUAUUAUUAGAAAAGUUGGAAGAAUUUAAAAAAGCAAAAACUGUGCAAGUCACUCCUGAUAAAGCUCAAGAAACAGCUCGUUUUCUGACACUAAAUUGGGGUAAGAGAUUAUUGGUUCCAUUGCUUCGUUUAAAGGAAGGACUCUUGCAAAAUGUGUCUUUGCCAUUUGCUGAACCAUCAGCAAAAAUGCUGAGGUCAGCUAGUACUCAAAAAGGACUUCGUAAAUGGGGAAAUAAAUUAAUAACUUUGGAUCAAAAUAAUGAUGUUCAUAUAGAUAUGAUUAUUCUGGGAUCUGUUGCUGUUGAUAAAAAAGGUCGCAGAAUUGGAAUUGGAAAUGGAUUUUGUGAUUUAGAAUUUGUCAUCUUAAGUUCUUUGAAUAUGGUGACUGAUAAUACUGUAGUAGUUACUAUUGUACAUGAUGUGCAGGUAUUUGACACACUUCCAACUGACAUUUUCAAGCCUUAUGAUGUACCUGUAGACAUAAUUAUUACAUCUAAUGAGAUUAUACGGGUGGAGAAUCGUCUUGAUCGUCCCAAGGACGUGUUUUGGAAUUACAUUUCUAAACGGAGGUUAUUGGAAAUGCCACCCUUGCAAUUAUUACGUACGAAACAAGAACAAAGCAACGAUUUUGAUUGUACUCUCAAAGAUGUGGACAGUGAACCUGAAGAAAUACCUCCUUCACCAAGAACCUAUAAAAAACCUAAAGGAUAUCGUCAAAAACGUUAUUCAACCCGAUCUGAAACCAAUGACUCAGUAUUUAAAGAUAAUGUAUCAAAACAUCAUCGGUCUUCUUCCAGGCAUUCAUCAGCACCUGUUUCUAAAAAUACUGACUCAAAGAUCAAACAUAAACGUGCUAAAUCUACUUCAAGCCAACAGCAUCGCAGUAGUUCAACUGAAAAACGUAAUAAUCAACAUGAUAAAAAAGAACUUCGUUCUUCUUCCAAAAAACCUAACAAACGUCGUACAAAAUCAGAAUCUGCUAAGACUGUAACAUCACCAGUAACAGUAACUGAGUCCAAAAGUUCUAAUGGUACACAAGCUGAUUCACCAUCCAUGGAUACUCCCAAAAAUAAACGUCGGCCUCGUCCAAAGCAGUCACGCAAACGUAUUAAUUCAGAUGAUAUUGAUAAGCAAUCCAUCAAUCAAUCUAAUAGUAAAUAUAACUCUCGUAGUAAUUCGCGGGCUACUAGACGUGAUUAUAUUGAUCGUGAAGAUCGUGAAAUGUCUGUUGGGCGUAAAGUUCAAAGAGAUUAUUUGCCUAGUCCAAAAAAAUAUUAUUCACAAAAUUAUCGUCAGAACAGCUAUUCUCAAGAACGGCCAUCUUAUCAUGGAAGCAUAAGGUCAAACAGCAGAACGCAUCAACAUGAUUCUAAUAGGUCAACCGUUAUGCAACAAAACAGAUAUUUAAAUGGUCCGACUGUUCGUCCUACUAGAUAUUUCAAUGGCCCUAUGGUACGCCACGAUAACUUUAAUGGACCAGAUUCACGUCAAAAUGGUGGAAUCAAUCAUCAUGGCAUUCGUCAUAACAGUUACUCCAACGAUCCAUUGUCUCGUCAAAAUAGUUUCUAUGACGGAGUCAUUUCUCGCCGUAAUAGCUAUUCUAAAGGUUCUGCACCUCGUCAGGAUAAUUACACCAGUUCUAGAGUUUUCCGUCCACCACAAUAUCGUAAUGGAAUGACAUCACAAUCUGAUGAGAGAGACUAUACACAAGAAUCAAGACCUCAUUUCAAUAACAACAACAACAACCAUAUUGGAUACUAUAACUCAAAUGUAAAACCAAAUUAUUCAAGAUCUUCUAGUGGUGAUGAAUUUGUACUUAAAGUUGGAAAUAUUGCAAAUAAUGUUCGAGUGCGUGAUUUAAAGGCUGCUUUAAUGGAACGUGGAGUUAAACCACUGCAUAUUACUUGGAGAGGCCCUAGAGGUUUUGCAUAUUUACGUUACAGUAAUUCUUCUGAUCUGGAUAAAGAUGACGUCAUGGGAUCAUUACAAAAUGUGCGUAUCAAGCCAAAUGGUAUUGAAACCUCUCAAACUCAGACACUUAUUGUUACUGAAUGCCAAUUUUCAUAAGUACAAUUUUGACUUUCCAUUGAUUAAUUUACUUUUAAAAAAAAAAAAAAAAACUAUUUCAUUCUUAUUUUAAAUCUUUAAACAAAUGAAAAUCUAUUUUGUAAAUGGUAUAACGAUAAUUUUAACUUCCAUUUUCUCUUUAUUUUAUUCUUUUUUUUUGUGCUUUAAUAUUUAUAUAUUUACUAGUUAAAAUUGUAUAGAAAGUUUUAUCAAAGCGUUUUUGAUGUUAACCUUUCCUU